GGAUGCUACUAAGUUAUUAAAGUUAAUUUAUUUUGUAAAUGCGGUUUAUGAGAUUAAAACAAAGAAAGUUGUACAAUAGGUUUUUGGUUGAAAAAGAAGGGUAGAAGGUAUGUCGUGUAAAUUGGAUUGGAUCCAGGGAAGGUAGGAGGAGGAGCAGAGGAAAUCGCCAUGGAUCCAUCGCAGCAGCAGCAUCCUCCUCAGCCGGAGCAAACCCAGGCUUCCUCGUAUGCCUACGACCCCAAUCAAUCCACCUAUGUCUACUAUCAACCUUCGUACCAGUACGCAUACUACGAUCCCGCUCAACAAGCGGCAUACGACGCCUACUACCAACAACCCCACCACCAAGAACAACCACCGCCUGCCAACCCGUCCGGGACGCAGUUCCCGCCUCAACCACUAUCCGAGCCGGUCUCCGCCGCUGCUGCCGCCGCUCAAUACCAGUAUUCCUAUUACCAGCAUCCACAACCGCUGGGAAUGGAAUACGGAGGGGUGUACGCGCCCGUGCCCCCAACCCAGAAAUGGUUAGUCACAAGAAUUGGAAUUCGUUGAAGAUUUUGGUGGUGUUUGAGAUGAUACAGGCACGCCGAACAGUUAUAAGUUUGAACCGUACUCCGUUUUUACUUUUCUUUUGCUUCGUUCGCACAGCAACCCACUCAUUAUGCCUUUCAGCCUUUGUUGCCUUUGUUUGGUUGGAGGGUAUUAGAAGGGAGGGAAGGAAAGUGAAGGGGUUGUGUGUGUUCCAUUGGGUGAGUUAGGGUGAAGGGGAUGAAAAUUGAGGUGCUAUGAGAAACACUCCUAACUCAUCUUCCCCCCUCUCCCCCCCCACCAAAAAAAAAGGAAAACAAGGUCUGUAGGAUUUUGUGGUAUUUAUGUUUCUUUCUUGACAAGGUCUGUAGGAUUUUUUAAAUAUAUAACAUGGGUUACAUUAUCAUUAAUACACAUGGAUUAUUAAAAUUUUAAGAGUAAAUUCCCUAAAUAGUCUUUUAUAACAAAGAUAUUUCCCAAUAUAGUCCUCUGUUCUAAAAAUAUUCUUUCCGUGGUGCUCAAUAUUUGAAAUCAUUCCAUAUUCCGUCCUUUUGAGGAAAAGUUUCCAAAUAUAGAGGACCAUGAAGGGAAUAAUUUUUUCCACAUUUUUGCUCAAAAAGUCAAAAGGAUUGUCUAUGGAAUGAUUUCAAAUAUAGAGGAAGAGAAUAUUUUGAAAUAGAGGACUAUAUUUGGAAACAAGCAUGUUAUAAAGGACUAUAUAGGAAAUAUACUCAAAUUUUAAUUACAAAAAAUUACGGAGCAUAUAAAAAACUCUUUUUACAUAUUUUUCCAAAAUACUACCUGUGCACUACUUCAUUGACCAACCAUAUACAGAGUAUUUUUAAACCACCUUCGUUUUUCGUCCGCACUACUUCCCUCUUUUCUUAUCCUCUCCACUCUAUUGAACCAAACAAGUGCUAUGUGGGUGCUUCCAUAGACCUGUGAUGCAUUUAUUGUCCAACACUUCCUAGAACACUUCUUAGAAUGAACUCCCCUUGUCCCAAAAAUGGCUCUUGGCUUGACUUGGCAAAAAAUUUAAGGAAAGUGGAAAAGCGUGGUUGAAAAUGAUGCAGAGAAGAGAGAAAGAUCGAGAGCCACUCAAAGUUUUCCAAAAAAGGAAAGGAGAGUCUUUUUUGGGACGUCUCAAAAAGGAAUUAAAGAGUUUUCUUUUUGGGAUGGAGGGAGUAAGAAACAAGGAAAGUUUAAUGUACCAUUUUGGGUUAGUCCAUCAUUUACCCGAAGCUAAAACAUUGUUUAAAAUGACUAUUUUAGCUCCAUUGGCAAUGGAUGCUAACAACUCCCAACAUAAAAGGUACGAGUAUUUAUUUACUUAGGUAUCUAUUGUUUUGUUUGACAGCCAAACAAAAAUAAAUAAGCCAUGCAGCGUGUAGAUGUUAUAGUCCUACUUGUGUGGGUAAUGUUGAGGUAGUGCUGGCUGUUAGAUAUUUACGCAGGAGUCUUUGAAGUUUAAGGCCCACAUUGUAUGUUAAUUGUCUUGCUUCAGAAUAAGAAUUAACUCCUUUCAGUGUCAAUAUGAAGAGGAACUCAAAUCAUUGCAUAUGAAAUUAUGCACGAUGGUUGCUGGGUGACCAGAUUAUUUCUUCGUACUUUUGCUUGACAUUAUGCUUUAUGCCAUAACCAUGAUUUUGAAAAUCAGGCCAGACCGGCUGAAGGGGUAACCUUCCAGGUAUCCAGUCUGGUUAUCAUCAACUCAACUUAAAAAUUUGCUUUUGAUGUUAUAUGGUUGAACUUAUGCUC